GAAGAGCAGACAGUAGAAACAGUUUGAGGAAGUCAUCGGCCGUCUAUAACUCUCAGACAGCAGAGGACAGCUGAGCGCGGGGCAGUUCUACUCAGAGGUUCGACUCAGGGACCAGAUUUGGCAUCAGAAAGUUAGAGGAGCAUGGAGAUGGAGACAGUGACUGAGAAGACGGAGGAGAAGGAAGGAAGGAAGGAGGAGAAGGAGGGGAAGGAGGUCAGCAGUAAAGUAGAGGAAGCAGAAACAGCUGAAUACUCCCUUCUACGUCAGCCGACUGAAGACAUCUACACUGAGACUUAUUUUGGUAAUUCAACUCACCAAAGUCAAGGUCAGAGAAAGCUCCGUCUGCUCCAGGCUGCCUGUGUGAUCCUGAGCUGCGUGUCACUGGUUCUGCUGCUGAUCCUCAUCAUCAGCAGCCUGAAAGAAUCCAGCAGUUGUUCGCAUUUGGAAAUUGACUCCAGCACCUGCAACACCAACUGUGAUAAUGUGAUGCCGCAAGACUGCCCCCAUUGUCAGUACUGUCCCGACGACUGGCUGCAGCUAGACCGCUCCUGUUUCCACUUCUCCACAACAAGACUCAACUGGGACGACAGCCAGAGAAACUGCAGCGCGUUGGGAGCAUCGCUGGUAGUGAUCUCCAGUUCGAAUGUCCAGAAUUAUCUGGUUGACAAAGGGAGCCUCCCUUACUGGAUCGGGCUGAGAAAGCGAAACGGCCGCUGGACCUGGGUUGACAACGCUAACCUGACCACGAGAUUCUGGUCCAGCAGCUCACCAACAGGCGCGUGUGCGUUCCUGAAUGCAAAAACUAACGACAGUAAGAACUGGGAGACGGCAACCUGCACUGACAACGCCUACUUCAUCUGCCAGCUGAGGAUCUGACAAAGAAGCUUCGACUGGCUUGCGAAGAUUCCACCAUUUCUAUUGCUGGCAUGACUGUCGCUGUAUUAUUCUUUCACCACUCACCUGUGCGGUCAUCACCCUCCAUGGCUCUGGACAGAGUCUUUGCCAGAUGGCUGAGCUCCUCGUGUAUUCAUCCACAGAUGCCACCCAAAUUGCAGGUUGUGUUUCUUAUUCUUAUAUUAUUUUUAUUCAUUGUGCCCUAUUUUCUUUAAUCUAUUAAGAUGGAUAUGAUGAACUGAAUGAUUUGCUGAAAAUAUACAUGUACAUUCUUCAGAAAGAAUAUUGAAUCAUGGUAAUUAAAUGCUUUUCAUACACAAGAAAAAUGUUUUUUAAUCUGCUC